GGGAAAGAGAAAAUGGAAAUUACCGAAACGAUAGAAACGCGCGUUAAAAAUUGCAUUUCAUGUGAUACAGCUGGAAAAGAAACCCCGGAUUAUUCGCGGUCCACCUGUCAAUUUCGCAAUUUUUAAUUCCGCAGGACGUUGCCCCGGAUGUGGUGGUUUCCUGGCAACCAUGGCAGCGCUGACGCGGCAGCUGGUCUCCUGGUAACAGUUGCUGGGGUGACAAGGGCGCAGGCAGCCGCGGAGUCCCCGGAUGGCUCAGUGCCCGUGUUCGAGAGAUUGUCGCUGUGGCUGUCGCCCCCUCGCGGUGCCCCGCAGCCAGCGCUGGCAGGAGAAGGAGGUGGCCAAUUGGAUCCAGAAACUGGGCUUCCCCCAGUACAAGGAUUGUUUUAUAUCAAACAGAAUCACUGGCAGGAAACUCAUUUUUGUCAACUGCUCCACCCUGCCCCGUAUAGGAAUCACAGACUUUGAACACAUGAAGGUGAUUUCCCAUGAGAUUCAGAAACUGCUGGAUAUCGAGGAGCCACUCUGGAGUCGGAGUAUUUCCCAGCCCCGCAGGGAUCCCAUGGGCCUGUUUCUGGAACGUAAGGCUCCAACAGGACCCAGAGCUGAUGCACUGACAGUGGAAGAGUUCCUGAACGAGAUGGAAGACUGAACUGCCUCCACACUCAGCACAGAUUGAGAAGAAUCUUACCUGCUGCUCUGAUCACAAAGAAACAUGGGCUUUUCAAAGUGAGAUCCCAGAGCCUAAGGAGACCAACAAAAAAUGGAUUCCAGGAAGUCUUGGUUAUCAGAUUUCUGUAUUUCACAAUAUGUCGUAUUAUUGUGGUUAUUGUUGGUACGUAAUUGUGUGUAUGUGUCUUUGAUCACUGUGAUCUGAUCAUCGAUUCUGUAAGCUCGUCACAUUUAUGAAUUUCUACUUCCUCUGUAAGUAUCCCAUGAUAGGGCCAGACUAAAUGCUGAUAUAAUAUCAAUUGGCUCCAAUUUGAAAAGUAUCCAGAUAUUUUCUCUGAAUGUAAAGGAUUUGAUACCAGCAAUUGUCAGCUGGGUCUUGUACAAACUCAAACUUUCUGUGUUGUGUGAACAUCACCUUGUUCUGACAGUUAACCCCAGUUGUAGUAAGUUGCCCAUUGGUAGCUGUGUAGUGAAGCCAUUAUAUUUUUUUUAUAUAUAUAUUUUUAUAUAUAUAUUAUAUAUUACAUUAUAUCUUUGCCUAUUUCCAACUGUAAAACCUAUCACACACUACAAGCUAAACUCCCACCCUAGAUCAAUUUACAAAUGAUUUAGGCCAGUCUUUGCUGAUGAGGUUAGAUCCAGGUCACAUGAGAUUUGCAGUAUGCCUAAUUUUAUGAUUUACAAUUUCGCUCAGAUUCAGCAAGGUGCAGACAUCUGCAGAGGUCUCAUUUAAAAAUGUCAGUUUCCAAUCCAGCUGUACCUCACCACCAUCUCUCCCAAGCCUUCCACUGUCUCUGAUUUGUCACAUUGCUCAUCCAACAUCCAAUCCUGGAUGAGCAGAAAUUUCCUUCAAAUAACUAGUGGGAAGAUUGAAGCCCUUGUCUUUGAUCCAUGCCACAAACUGGAUUCCCUAAACACUGACUUCAUCCCUCUCCUUGAGCAGCAUCUGAAGUUGAACCAGCCUGUUCACAACCUGAAUGUCAUUUUUGAUCCUGAGAUAAGCUUCUGACCACAUAUUCAUUCCAUUACAAAGACCGCCUACUUCUGACCCUGCCUUAUCUGAUUGGCUGCUGAAACCCUCAUCAAGCAUUUGUUACCUCUAGACUUGACAACUGUAAUGCUUUCUGGCCCCUCUGGACUUACUCCAUCCUGGGCUAAGAGCACUUUGUUCCAUGAGAUUUGAUGUAGUCCCAGCAGUAGCCACAGCCCCACUGCAUGUUAAAUGGUCGCAAAGCAGCUGUCAUCUGUACUCCUUGCCUAGUUUUCUGUUGGCGGGGCUGGAAACCUCACCAUCCGAAAAAUCCAGCCCCACAUUCCAUUGCCUCCAAUGUGGCUGAAUGGGUUUCACUCUUGCCUCCCUGCCAGAAGGCUGAGGGAUCAAGCUACACUUCAGAGACCCGAGCCAUAAUCAAGACAUCCCAUGACGCCAUUUGAAAAAGAUCAAGGGAAUUUUUCUGGUAUCAUGGCCAAAAUUUCUCAGGGAACAAAUCAUCUCAUUGCUAUCAUGAGAUCUUAUUGUGCACAAAUUGCCACAUUUCCUACAACAGCGACUACAUUUCCAAAGUGUUUCAAUAGCUGUAAAGUGCUUCAGGGCACCCUGAUGUUUAUUCUUCCUAUUAAUACACUGGUUGAUGUUUUUGGUUCAAAGAAAAAUAAAACUAACAAGAAAGACCAGGCAUCAGAAAAGAUGUUUUCUUUAAUUGUGAUCUAAGUGUGGAACAAUAAAAAUGAAUACCUGGAAACUUUGUCCUUGUUGAAUUAAUUAAAAUAAAACAAUUA